GUCACAGCCCGACCUACUGCCGUAUUGUCCAAUCCAAACUUUUGCUUUUAUUCUUCUUUCACUUGGACGGCCGGUUGAGCUUAAAUCGAGGUGCGGUAGUUUGCUCGUUCCCAGCCGCAGUGACCACAUCCAACAUGGCCGCCGAGGCGGUCCACACAUUGGCUGAGGAAUGCAGUAGGCGGGGCUUCGAGUCUUGUGUCAAACUUUGGGAAUGACAGCACGAGUGCUGCAGGAUUCACAAAGAACGCUAAAGAGUCGCCCUUGUUGCCGCUCCUUGGAAUUACUUGGGACUUGACUUGUCUUUUGUUCUUUCCCCAACACCCUGCCUGCGGCGCCGACACUUUUUCUUCGACGGUGUCAAAUGGCAUAUACCUCAGCCAUGUCGGAGGACCUGAGUUCCCAACCGUGGUCCAUCAACAAAGAUGACUACGAGCUACAUGAGGUGAUUGGGAGCGGGGCCACAGCUGUGGUUCAAGCCGCCUACUGCAUCCCGCGCAAGGAGAAGGUGGCCAUCAAGCGCAUCAACCUGGAGAAGUGCCAGACCAACAUGGACGAACUCUUGAAAGAAAUCCAGGCCAUGAGCCAGUGCCAUCACCCCAACAUCGUGACUUACUACACCUCAUUUGUAGUGAAGGAUGAGCUGUGGCUAGUCAUGCAGCUGCUAAGUGGCGGCUCCGUACUGGAUGUGAUCAAGCACAUCAUCUCACGAGGCGAGCACAAAUCGGGCGUCCUGGACCAGCCUAGCAUAGCCACCGUCUUGAAAGAUGUUCUCGAGGGCCUCGAGUACCUGCACAAGAACGGACAGAUACACAGAGACCUCAAAGCUGGAAACAUUCUUCUCGGAGAAGACGGUUCCGUGCAAAUUGCAGACUUCGGCGUGAGCGCCUUCCUGGCCACCGGCGGCGACAUGACUCGCAACAAAGUGCGCAAGACGUUUGUGGGAACGCCGUGCUGGAUGGCCCCCGAAGUGAUGGAGCAGGUGAAGGGCUACGAUUUCAAAGCGGACAUCUGGAGUUUCGGAAUCACCGCCAUCGAGCUGGCGACCGGGGCAGCGCCUUACCACAAAUACCCGCCCAUGAAGGUGCUGAUGCUAACGUUGCAAAACGAUCCGCCGGGCUUGGAGACGGGCGUCGGCGACAAGGAGAUGUUGAAGAAGUACGGGAAGUCCUUCAGAAAGAUGAUCUCCAUGUGUCUCCAAAGGGACCCGGAGAAAAGGCCAACAUCUUCAGAGUUGCUGAAGAAUAAAUUCUUCCAGAAAGCCAAGACCCACGACUACCUCCUGGAUAAACUUCUUCAGAGGGCUCCCACAAUGUCAGAGAGGUCGAAAAGGGUACGCCGUGUUCCAGGUUCCAGCGGGCGUCUGCACAAGACAGAGGACGGCGAGUGGGAGUGGAGCGACGACCAGCUGGACGAAGAGAGCGAGGAAGGCAAAGCGGCCGUGGCCGCCUUGCGGGAGCAGCAGGUGAAGCCUGCUGGCGCCCCCCGGCGACAAGUGCGCUUCUCCUACCCACUCGAGCUUCCGGCGUCCAGGUCGCCAAGAGUGAAGGAGGCGCCCCACAACUCUGAGAUGUUCCAGACGCCGGAGCCUUUGAACGUACCUACGCCCGCUACUGCCGCCACUGCAGGCGAAGCACAACUACCUCAGGCUGCGGGCACGCUUGCGCCACCCGGCGCCGUAAGCGCACCUGUCGCCCCUCACCCUGCAUCAUCAGCACCGGAUGGAGGAAGCGCCAUUGCUGCUCCAACGCUGGUUCCUUCAGCCUCAAGCAGCGUGACCUCUCCAAUUUGUUUGGUGCUACGGUUAAGAAAUAAAAAGAAGGAGUUAAAUGACAUCCGCUUUGAGUUCAUGCCAGGCAGAGACACAGCAGACGGCGUCUCGCAAGAGCUGGUGUCAGCAGGCCUGGUGGAUGGGAGGGAUUUAGUAGUAGUUGCUGCAAAUUUGCAGAAAAUUGUGGAUCAGCCUAAAACAAAUAAAAAUGUCAUUUUUAAACUGGCCUCUGGAAUCGAGGGAUCGGAAAUACCAGAUGAUGUCAAAUUGAUCGGCUUUGCGCAGCUCACCAUUAGCUAAGUCGAUGUUUACGACAAUGGGACCGUGACUUGCCUAAAAGAUGUGAAAUUGUUGAGAAAAGAACAUAUUUAAAUAGAGAUUGUUACUUUUUCUUUCUUUUCUAUGGCUGUAAAGAAAACCACUACUGCCAAAGAAAAUGACUGUUCAACAGCCGCUUUUUAUUGAGGCGGCGGGCUCGAGUCGAACGACGCACAGUUUGAAAAAAUGUUUACAGAGUAGUUUAGUGGCUGCGAGAAUGUUCAACCCCAUUUGGAGUCUUUCCUUCGAUAUUUGCCGCAUUUGCACAUUGUCAACUUUCACAAUGCCUAAAGCGAAACUACUGAAUGCCAACGUUUCAACUCUGAAGAAUCACAAAAAAGAAACGCAUGAAGGCAAGGUAGGCCCAUUUGAGAUCUCCAGUAAAUAGUUCGGAACUCAUUUUGCCCAGCAUAUUUAUUUUCAAUUGCCGCGUAUUUUUUGAUAUCGUGGCAAAAAUUACGACGAAUCCUUGAGCUAGCAUCCAAAAAUCAAACACUUGCCUCAGUUUGUUGCAUCAACCUAAAAACAAAUCAAGAAAUGGCGUGAAUAUUGACAUUUGCCUUCAUCAUUUUGAUAGAAUGACAACAGCUGAAAGCACACAUUUUCCCCAAACACGUUGGUAGCCAGCUAAGGCUUGUCGGUCUACACACAGAAGGAAGUACUUGAUUUACUCGUAUGUAAAUAAUGAAAUGGGGAUGUUUUUUUACUGGGAUGUUUCACGCUUGGCCUUGGAUCUGUCUCAAACUAUUUUGAUGACUUUUCUUCCUUUCUAACCAGAGUGUCAAAAUUCCAUAAGUGCAAGCCGCAACAUUUAGUGGACAGGAUACAUGCCGUAUCUUUGCUUUAUCUGAUCAGAUCAAAUAUAAAAAUGUUAUAUAGUAAUUAGAAUCCUGACUGUCCACGCUGUUUUGGUUGAGGAUUUCCAAGAAUGUUUCUCAUGAGGCUUUUUCACCAGGAAUGAUUUUAGCUGUUUGUGGCAGCGAAUGGCUUGUUGUCACUUACAGAACAUGUACAAACAUGUAUUGUUUAGCAAAUAUUAAAUUCAGAAUGUUGUAUUGCGUC